UCACGUAGCGAUACUUCUUUGGGUGUUUUGACAAAGAAAUUUAUGCAGCUCCUCUUGUCUUCUCACAAUAAGUCACUCGAUUUAAACAAAGCUUCAGAAUUGUUGCAAGUUCAAAAACGACGAAUUUAUGAUAUAACAAAUGUUUUGGAAGGCAUCGAUCUUGUUGAUAAAAUAUCUAAAAAUAAAGUUCAAUGGAAGUAUGCGCAGUUUAAUUUUUUUAUAACAACUUACUAA